AGGGCUGCGUCUCUGCAGGAACAGCAAGUCCUCUUUGACACGCGUCACAUCAGCUCCACAGCAGCACAACAUCAGGACGCUCCACAUCCAGCUUCAGCUCGAUCAUAGCUACAAGACGUGCGUGUGGAGGACAUGGGCAACGUGCAGCCCACUAUAGUCCCAUGUGAGGACUUUGAUGUGACAGCAGAUAUAAAAGCUAUUCGAAAAGCCUGUAAAGGUUUAGGCACAGAUGAAGAGGCCAUUAUCCAGAUUCUGGCCAAUCGCUCUGCAGCUCAGCGUGUGGAGAUCAAACAGGCCUACUUUGAAAAAUAUGAUGAUGAGUUAGAGGAGGUCCUGAAGAAGGAACUAACGGGUAGUUUUGAGAAAGCCGCCAUGGCUAUGUUGGACCCUCCUCACCUUUACUUCGCCAAAGAGCUGAGGAAGGCCAUGAAGGGGGCGGGCACGGAUGAAGCCGUGCUCGUCGAGAUCUUGUGCACAGCAACGAAUCAGGACAUCUUGAGCUACAAGAAGGCAUAUGCCCAGGUGAACGAGCGUGACCUGGAGGCAGAUAUCGAGGAUGAUACCAGUGGAGAUGUGAGGAACCUCCUAAUUUCACUGCUGCAGGCAAGCAGAGACGAGGGCUAUGAGGUGGACGAGGAUUUAGCUGGACAAGAUGCUGCAUCUCUGUUUGAAGCAGGAGAAGGCAGGUUUGGCACAGACGAGUCCACCUUCACCUACAUCCUGACACACAGGAACUACCUGCAGCUUCAGGCCACGUUCAAAGCCUAUGAGGCGCUUUCAGGAACAGACAUUUUGGACACCAUUGACUCUGAGGCCACGGGGACACUUAAGGACUGCUACAUUACUCUCGUAAGGUGCGCUAAGAACCCACAGCUGUAUUUUGCUCGGCGCCUUAACGCUGCCAUGAAGGGACUGGGCACCGAUGAGGACACACUGAUUCGUAUCAUCGUAGGCCGCUCUGAGAUUGACCUGGACACGGUGAAGGACAUGUACCUGGAGAAGUACGACGUAACCCUGAAAGAUGCGCUGGAUUCUGAGUGCGGUGGAGACUUCAAGCGCCUCCUCAUUGAGAUCCUGCACUAAAACACUUUCCUCCCACUCCUUCCUUAGUUAACCACAGUGAAACAUAACACACUCACACUUUCCCUUCUUUACCAGUUUCUCUCAUCCACUCUCUAAAUCCAUCCCAUUUCCUCUCUUUCUCACUCUGUCAGUUCUCUUUACAGCAUGGACCAAAAACAACUCAAUCGUUACAAUAUUAUAGUCUCUAAAUACACACUUUGUUGCAAAGAUCAUUAAAACUGGAGAAUUUCCUUACCGUUAAAGCCCAAUAUAGUUAAGAUGCAUUGAAUAUUUAUUUGACUGAAUUAUAGCAGCAUUAUGGAACUUACAUACAACAAGUGCACUGGAACAUAGUGAAGCUCGUGUCUUUAUCCAUAUCAUAAUGUCAUCAAGCAGCAUCUUAAUUUCAAGCAUAUCUGAAAGCUGCAAACUUUAAGGAGCUACUGUUGCUGCUGCUAUGUAUAGCAUACAGCUUCCUGUGAUAUGUCACUUUAUUUAUUUGACUAAAAGAUGCCUUUCUUAAUAUUAAAGCAAUGCAAUUUACUUUCUGCUGCAGCACCCUCCACUUAAGUGCCGAUUCUUCACAUCUGAACUCUUGUAUCUGAAUGCACUGUUAAUCAUGUGUUACAGUAUUGCCAAAGCCCUGAAUGUUUCAAAGUAUACAGUACUAGUUUUUUGUAGUCACGUCCCUAAAUGUUACAUGGGAUUUUUAACCUUUCACAGUUUUUCUUGUCUCACAUUUAUACACAUCGGACUUCUUUCUGUUUUCAUUCAGUAAACUAAACUCACCGCACAGAAGGACAGGUGAUCGUCAAAAAAUUGAACGAGACGUUGUUUUGUAACCCCUGAAGUGCAGUCCCCUUAAUAGUUGUCACAGUGUCUGUAUUCAGGUAUAUACAGUAAUUUAACCUGACUGAUUAAAUAGUGACAGAAUAUACUGUUGUUGUGUCGUCAUACAGCAAAUUAACUAGCAAACAGUUCAUUACAUGGAGCAAGUAAUCAUUACUUUAUUGCAAUGUAAGUUUAAACAUGGUAUGCAUACACAGAAUAUUAAGUGAUAAUAAAUUUUAACUGUAACACCAAAAAUAUUUGACAUUUUCUUUAUUUCCUGCAGAGAGCAGUGUUGCAUCACUUGUAUUCGCUUCCUUUUAGGAAACUGGCGUCAGAGGAAAUCAUAGUGAAAUUAAUGGUAAUGUUUAGCCCCUGAUUAUAAUGUACUUUGUAUGACAAAUCUAAUAAAUAGUUCUUUAAUGAUCCACUUUCCAUAUUUGGGCUUUAACGUUUAUCCUGAUUUGGAGAUCAUUUAAGAGUUUAUGUGUGCGUGGUGUAUAAAAAGUCACACAAAAGUUGGAUUUUACAGCAUACACCUUUUAAACAGCGGGACCUUCUUCCGAGCACAGAAACUGUGAGUGGAUUGUGGGGAUAAAAAAGUUCAAAACAAGUGAGAACUGCUUCCAGAUGCAGGGACACAACGAGGGGACGAUUUUUCACUUUUCUUCCCCUCGCUUUAGUUUCUUUCUUUCUGUAUCGCUCUCCUUUUUCCUGUCUUGAUGUGAAGUUUCUUUCAGUAUCAGGGUAAAGUUUAGAGUGCACCUGCUUUGUGCACAUUUUUGCUACCUCUUCGUCUGCAGUCUGCGCACCAUAUGUCGACCACUUUACCAUCCACCUCGUGCUACACUCGGGGUCUGGCAGGCCAUUUAUCUGUCUGCCUGAGGUUUGUGUACUCGCCACAGAAAAGCACAAAGGUGGAGGUUUGUUUUCCAUGCAUGCAUGUAUAGACAUAAGCUUGAUGUGCAAAGCAUUUUGAAAUAUUGUAUUUUUUUUAGGGAAAGCGAUCCUAUUGCAACAUUUUUCAAUGAGGGACUGUUGGGAAAU